ACCGUCCCUUGUGUUCUCCUCGAGCCAUCGGUCGCUCGGCCGUUUCGUUCACGCGAAAAAGUGCACCGGACCCGCGCGCGCGCGCGCGUGUGUGUGUGUGUGUGUGUGCGUGCAUUCUUGCGCGACGAAGAGAGAAGGGCUCGCCCCGUGAGGGUGAAAGCGUACGAGAGGGAGAGAUAGGUAGAAAGAGGGACCAGUGGGGCGAGCCACCGACUGUUGAUCGAUUCGCCGCUUCCACGGUUCUGUUGAACGCGGCAUGAAAAGAGAAUCCGCACCAAUGGGCGCGUCUCACCGGCUCCCGUACGUGUCCGGUUCCUGCUAGAUUGGAAAAAGCUUCCUUUCCGGUUGUCCCUCGGCUCGCCGCCUUCUCUUUGCCGGUUGUCCCAUCAACGACGCAAUCUGGCGGAAAACCACGGGCUCGGAGAGGCCACUCUUUGCCCUCUGCACGAACCCCGCUCGCAGAGAGGCUAUGUCUCUUCAGGAUUCAUGACGCUCUGACAAGAGUGGAAGCCGGACGGAGCGGGGGUGGCAACGGUCUCGUUAGGAGGUAUCGAAGCUGGCGCGCGGGCUAGGGGCGGGAGAGUCAGCGGUGGUCUGGCUCUGGUUCCGGUGGUAGCGACGGAAACGGAAGCCGCGACAGCAACAGAUCAGAAAGGGUUGAGAGGGGCUGUUGGAACUCGUUGGAAGAGAAGAUUCGAUCGUCUUCUCGUUCUUCUUUCUGCCCUUUCCGUUCCCGGUGGUGAAGAGCUCCUGGACAUCUAUCGAUCACCGGAAGAGGCGUCGACGGCGUGACACGCGGCCCUAAACCACCUUCGAGAGAGAAGGCAUCCGAGAUAGUCAUUCCCGUGAAAUCGUAUUCUAGGCUUCGUCGGAGGUAUACCGCCCCGUCUCUUUGGAAACCAUCCUUUUCUACCCUUCGCGGGGUAUUCUCUCGUUUAGAGCUACCAUUAGAUACGUUUAGACAUCAUGAGUGAGCUCGAAUCCCUUCGUCAGGAGGCGGACACGCUGAAGAAUGCUAUUCGAGAUGCCAGGAAACUCGCAUGCGACACAACGCUGCUCGAGGCCACGGCGGGCAUGGAGCCCAUCGGCCGGAUACAAAUGCGCACGAGGCGUACGCUUCGCGGUCACUUAGCCAAGAUUUACGCGAUGCAUUGGGGCAGUGACUCAAGAAACUUGGUGUCGGCGUCGCAAGACGGAAAAUUGAUCGUCUGGGAUAGUUAUACCACUAAUAAAAUACACGCAAUCCCCUUGCGUUCGUCGUGGGUCAUGACUUGUGCAUACGCGCCAUCAGGUAGUUACGUGGCCUGUGGUGGCCUGGAUAACAUUUGCUCCAUCUAUAGUCUUAAAACUAGGGAAGGAAACGUAAGGGUCAGCAGAGAACUCCCGGGUCAUACUGGCUACUUGUCCUGCUGUCGAUUCUACGACGAUAACCAAAUCGUCACUAGUUCCGGAGAUAUGACUUGUGCCCUAUGGGACAUAGAGACUGGUCAACAGUGCACCUCAUUUAUUGGUCACACGGGCGACGUUAUGUCCUUGUCUUUGGCACCGGACACGCGUACCUUCGUUUCUGGUGCGUGUGACGCCAGUGCGAAGUUAUGGGAUAUUCGCGAAGGAACUUGCAAACAAACGUUCCCUGGACACGAGAGCGACAUAAACGCUGUUACGUUCUUCCCGAAUGGAUACGCUUUCGCGACGGGUUCAGACGACGCAACGUGCAGACUUUUCGAUAUAAGGGCGGAUCAAGAACUGGCUAUGUACAGUCACGACAAUAUUAUCUGCGGUAUCACCAGCGUAGCGUUCAGCAAGAGCGGUAGAUUAUUGCUAGCCGGCUACGACGAUUUUAACUGCAACGUCUGGGAUUCCAUGAAGGCGGAGAGAGCCGGAAUUCUAGCCGGCCACGAUAACCGCGUGUCUUGCCUUGGCGUUACGGAGGAUGGUAUGGCAGUAGGUACGGGCUCCUGGGACUCGUUCCUACGUAUUUGGAACUAACUUGGGGCUCAUUCCAAGACGUUCCUCCAAAGAACCAACUGCAGCAAAUCAGCGUACAGUAUAAGCAUCAAAUACCACCACCUGGCCACCGAAGUCGGCGUCGGCGUGUCCGUGUCCUCGGCGGAGGCGAACUACUCGACGGGUUCGCCGGAGUUGACGUUAAUCCGAAAGUUUGGGGAUCAGCUAAACAGCAGCAAUAGCAUGAACAAGAUCGGUAGAAAGACCUACGGAAGCAGCUCCGAAUUUAAAAACGUUUUGGGCUGUGGUGGUAAAAAGGACUACCGGAGGCGCGUCGUCGAUUUAACUUGGCGGCGUGGCAAGGUCAGCGAUAAAAUCACUCGUGAAUAUCACCGCUUCUAGUAUAUGACGAGCCUGUCUCGGUUACACACUCGAGCACACGAAUAUCGAUAUAACGAUUCGAUCGAGAAAGAAGCGUGACAGAAAGGAAGACAGCGGAACGGAGAGGAGUACCAAGGCUCUGUCACGGCCAUAUCUCUCCCGGUGUCUUGCGUACACUUCCUUUUUCUCCUCCCCUUUCUCAAGGAUCACUUGGCGAGCCUUCCUAUACAUCUCGAUGGCUUCACUUCGAAGAUCUUCCCGAAUCUCGAAGGUUAAAAAUAUCGGCCCGGAAAAAUCGAUGACCGACACCCCCUCGUCGAAUAUAUAGACGUCGUUGGAAACGGUUUAUUAUGAGGAAGAGAAAUAAAAGAAACAUACGGUUUUGAGCGUUCACUGCCGAUGAAGCGCCGAUAUGGUUGCUCCGGCGGUUGAUUUUACAUUUCGUUUUUCGACACGCACGAAGCAACGUCGUACCAGACACGAACACAGGCGUGAAGAAAAAAAACUACCAUCGCUCGUUCACGGCACAAAACUAUGCUCAUAAAGAAACUACAUAUGCAUAUAAUAUAUACGUAUGUCGAUGAGCAGCCAAGGUUAAGAUAAUCUCGCAUAAUUGCAUUCAAACCUACGCACACACCAUACGCACGUGUAUUGGAUACGUACAUAGGAAACUACAUAACAUAUAUUUGCACAGAAAAAAACGUUAACCCAAGAGGCAUCCGUCAUUAAUUGAUGGGUCACCCACGAGUCCCGAUUACAAGUCAUUGAUCAUAUUUUUACCUCUCCUUCUCGUUUUUGUCUUGUUCAUUUUCAAUUCCGAUUUUUUGUCGUGAAACUCUCACCCUGAACCACGAUGUUAGCUAAGGAAAGUGGGAUAAGAUCGCAUCGUUUCUCGUAACUCUAAUCGCCGAGUUUGCAUUAAUAUUCUGUAACUUUUAUAGAUUUAUCCUUAUUUAUUUUGUAUAAACUUCUACAUAUAUACGUAUAGGUCACCUUACUGUGUACGAUUUUCGUUUUUCGUAUUUCUUUUUUUUUGUUUCUUAAAAAGUUGAGUGAAUGUUCGAGUUUACGGAGAUUGUUAGAGAGUGAGCAAGUACAGAUGUGCAAGAAUGUGCGAAAGAUCUCGAAGUCGCGGCCCGAUGCCAAUCAAAAUAAAAAUCCACGUGAGAUAAUUAAAAACGGAGAAUACGAUACUCCCAAGUUGUUCCUUCAGCUCACUUUCCAUCGAAAUUCGGAUCGUCACGUAUGAAAGGACGUCGUUGAAGCAGAGAAAGCAAACGGAUGACGACUCGAUGACGAGACGAGCAAAAGAUUUAAAAGAAAAAGAAAAGAUACAUACACAUACAUGGAGAUAUCUGAAAAACCAACACACGUAUGUACUUUGCCUCGCCGCGAGUUUAACGCACGCACGCGAGGGACCAGCGUAAAGUACGAAAAAAGAAAAGGAAAUAUUUAAAUGUAACGUGUAAUCGUUUAGUUUAUAGCCUCUACUCCUCCUGUUCCUCUAGUUAAAAAAUAGCGAGACCGAGAAGAGUUCCUCCCAACUCGCGCCAAAGCAGAGUCAUCCCUUUUCUCCAUUUUACGUCGGUUCAGCACCGAGGAUACCUCGAAGCAGGAAUCCACGAGGAGGGCACGUGUUCUCGACGAAUCAGUCGUCCUAGAAGUUCCUUUGAAAUAGGACCCAAAGAAUCGCAAAUACGGACCGCGAGACUAAACUCUCUUCUCUCUGAACCUCGUCGUUCUUUCUUCUCUCCCCUUCGAUUUUUUCCUUUACGAAAAACGAGCUUUAUCAUUUUCAUCAUCUUCUUUGUACGAUCGUGUUUUCUCAUCGUUAUUCUCCCCCUCCUAUCUUUUUACUCAUCGUCUCUCGUAUUCCCUUCCCUCCUUCUCAUCUAGCCCCUCUCCUCUUUUUUGUCUAAGAAAACAUAGAUGUUUAAACUGUGUAUGCAUUUAAAAUAAUAAUAUUGAUGAUAAUGUUUAAUAUUAAUAUUAAUGAUGAUUGUAAUUUAUAAUUAUUAAUAUUUAAUAUAUAAGUAUCUAAGAAGAUAACGGUUGAUCCACUUGUUCAGUACCACCGGCGACCACGCUGCUAGAACUUCUUUCCUUUAAUCAAUUAUUUUCGUUAAUCUUCACCGUUAUAUUUCGUUGCAUUCUCGCUUGCAUUUAAACGUAUUCGCAAUGAGGACAUAAAUCGUUUCCGAUGCAACAGACUUCCGAUAAUUCGCACUACAUCGGAUUAUUGGUUUCGUGCCAUCAUCAAAACGUGGUUACCGGAACUCGGACGUCAUAACUUUUUUCGAAGUUGUUGAAUUAAGAACGUCUCGAGGAAAAAUCGAAAAAGUCUUCGAGAUAUUUCUCACACUUUGUUUUUAUAUAAUUUUUUUCGAUUUUGCUCAUAUCACUCCCAUUGUAGAAUGAAAGAAAAUAGUUUUAUACUUCAGCAAAAUUUAGUAUCAAGGGAAGGAAGAAGUGUACAGGAAAUUUGUACGUUUUCUAGUUCUGUUUCAAAGCCUAUACGAUUCGUUACUCCUACAAAGAAGUUAACUGUAACUAGCAUGCAAAAUUACGAUUAUCAAGCCUCUAGUCAUAACGGUACGCGCAAAACGGAAUCGCUUCAAAGUAAAUGGAGAACAAGCCUGUGUGAAUACUUUCCUUCUUAUUAGUUUCAGUUUCUUUUCGUUCGUUUCUUCCCACGGUUAAGAAUGCGACAGCUGAUUUCAAAUCGUCUGAUUAUCAGAAUAUAUAGGGGAGCCGCGAUAAAGUAUCUAAUCGAUUGUGACACAACGCGCAACAACGGCGAGAAAGUAAGAGGAAUGAUUCUUUUUCUGAGUAUAAGAUAAAACAAUAAAAGUACUUGGAA